UCACCAUGCUCCUCAAACAGCUCCCUGAAACGGUGUUGCUGCUGUUGGCUUUUUGCACUGUCUCCUCCCUAGACUCGAAAUUGAUUCUCUUCCAAUCAAGAAUGGAUGGAGAAAGUCUUCAGCUACUGAAAGCUUUGCCAAUCUCAUCCAGCCAGCAGUGUCUAGCACACAGGAAAAAUUUCCUGCUUCCUUGGCAGCCUGUGAGUCGUCACCAGUACCAAAAGGGACAUGCCCUGGCUGUUCUGCACGAGAUCCUCCAGCAGACCUUCAGCCUCUUCCAGACACAUAUUUCUCUGGGCAUUUGGGAGGAAAGCCGUAUAGAGAGAGUCCUAGCUGCGCUUCACCAACAGCUGACAUACAUGGAGUCACUAGCUGGGCUGAAAGCAGAGCCGAAGAGUGGAGGCUCCAGUGUGCAGAGCCUUAGGUUACAGAUUAAAGCAUACUUCAGGAGGAUCCACGACUACUUGGAAAACCAGAGGCACAGCAGCUGUGCCUGGAUCAUUGUCCAGGUAGAACUCAACCGCUGUAUGGUCUUUGUGUUCAGGCUCACAGGAUGGCUGAGCAAACAAGCACUAGACCCUUGAACACUGUGAAGCAAGAGCCAACGAGGGGUUUUAAAAGCAUGGGUUGGUGGCAGAG